AUGGGUUCUAUAGCAUUAACUGUUCUUACAUUAACUCUUGGCAUGUUUUUUAUGUUUGUUGGUCAAUUUAAAGUUACACCAAAAUUUUUUCCUGAUAUACAUGAAGAUAUGAGACGAGAAUUUGGUCGUCUUAAUAAAGUAUUUCCAUUGUAUGAACAAACAGGUUGGCGUCCAUUUGCUAAAAAUUUUCGAUUAGCUGUUGGUAUUACGGAAUUUGUUUGCGGAGCUAUAUUAGUACUUAUACCAGGUCGACUUAAACAAUUAGCGAAUGUAAUUCUCUUAAUGAUAAUGUUAGGUGCUGUUUAUGUACAUUAUAUGUUACAUGAUAAAUUUGAACGUAUUGCACCUGGAUUAGUAUUUAGUCUGUUAUUAUUAACUCGAUUGAUUAUUCAUCGACAAGUAACACAACGUGAAAAACGCUCAAAGACAGAAAAAAAACCGGCGAAAGUUGAUAAGAAACCAACGAAAGUUGAAAAAAAAGAAGAGAGCGAAGAAGAAGAAGAUGAUGAAGAAGGAGUCGAACAAGAAUCGGAUGAUCAAGAAUCUCAAAGUGACAACGAAGAUAAACAUGAUAAGAAAAAGAACAAAAAAAAUAAAUAA